AUGACAAUCGCGGCCCCUCGCGCAAAAGCGAACCUCACAAACAGAGCCCUACCAGCAUGUGCUGUCCAAUGUAUAGGCGAUUUGAGUUCUGUGUCGCCCAGGAUGCUGGCAACGUAUAUAUGUACGGAUCAACAGCUGAGUCAUAGUCUUGAACUCUGCGUGAGUGGGACCUGCUCAAUCAGAGAGGCUCUUACGACCAAAUCCAUUACGGAAAGCAUCUGUAGUCGGCCAAUCCGAGACAGAACCAAUACUGUUUCCGUGACUGCCAUCGUUGGAGUGUCCCUUGCUUUAUUGGCCCUACUUCUACGUCUCUUAUCAAGGAUAAAAAGUCGGAGACCUGGAAUGGACGACUGGACGAUGAUUAUUGCAAUGGGAUUUGUGAUCCCGCUCUCUGCGAUGGCUGUUACUCUUGCAAAUCAUGGACUUGGAAAGGAUAUCUGGUCUGUGCAGUUUGAGAACAUAACCCACAUUCUUUAUAUAUUCUACUUCAGCGAGGUGCUGUACCUUGGAAGUUCGAUGAUGAUACGGGUGUCGAUGCUAUGUCUUUACCUUCGAAUCUUCCCUCACGGAAUCCUAAGAAGAAUAACACAUGUCGUCACUGUAGUAAAUCUUCUCUACGGCACGAGUUUUAUGACUGCUUCAAUCUUUCAAUGCAUCCCAGUCCACGCUGCUUGGACUAGAUGGGAUGGUACGGUUCCGGCUAAAUGCAUUAAUGCAAACGCAGUCGGAUGGACAAGCGCCGCGAUCAACAUUAUUCUUGAUGCCGUCACUGUUAUCCUCCCAUUACCUGAGUUAACAAGACUCGUAAUGUCUUGGGAACAAAAGAUUCAUAUCCUGGCCAUGUUUAGCCUUGGAUUUCUAGUCACUCUAUUAAGCAUAUUGCGACUGACAUCACUUGUCAAGUUCGCAAACACGCAUAACAUGACCUGGGAUUAUGUUCCUGUGGGAUAUUGGAGCUCUAUCGAGGUUCAUGUCGGGGUUAUCUGCGCAUGCUUACCAACUCUUCCGUCCCUAUUUAGGCGGAAAGCACCAGCUGCAAGUCCGGAUGAUCUGACUCUGCCGCCGCACCCGACUUGUCACAAGCCAAAGAAUAGUCAUUCGGAUGUUGUCCCACUUCUGAAGCUGGUAACCGUAGAUGGGCACAAAGGCGCCAUCAAGAUCAGAUCCCCCGGCAUUUCGAGUUGCGAGGGAUGA